AAAGUCAAAUUAAUGCCAAUUGCCAUUUGCCAAUUGUCAGUGUAGAUAAAAAUGUUUUCUGAAUAAUACAAUCGUAACAAUUUUGUGAGUGUUAAAAAAUUCUCAUUAAAAACCCGUGAAUACCAGUACCACGUAACGCAAUGGAAGCAAAAGAAGUUUGCGCGGCAAUAGAAAACGAUGAAUUCUACAGUAAAUUCCUCGAAACAACUGUUAAACCGAUCACCACUGAUAACAUAUCGGUAACCGACCAAGUUACCAAAUUAACCGAAGGCAUAAAUAAACUAACAAAAAGCCUAGAAACUCAAGUUUUAGCAAAGCAUAAUGACUUAUUAACGCAGGCGAGCCACAUAUCAGAUUUAGAAAUCAUGCUAGAAUCCGUAAGAACGCAAGAAGAAACGCUUUUACGUGGCACAGAAGGUUUAGCAGAAGGGGUCUAUGCGUCGUAUGAUUCCUUGGAAAACCAGACACGCAUGCUUGAAAGAGUUCAAACAACGUGUCAACUAUUGAGACAUGCAUCUAAAAUAUUGGCUCUAUGGAAGAAAUUGCAAACUAUUCAAGAAAAUCCUGCUAAAGAAGCCAUGUUGUUGUAUGAGUUAAAUGAAUUGUUCGGUGACUAUGACUUUGAUGGGAUUAUCUUAUUAGAUGAUGUACUAAAUCAAGUACGACAAAGAAGAACGGAAUUGCUGAAAAAUUCAACAGAAUUGCUACAAAGCAGUUUGUUAAAUGGAGAUAAGGCUAAACUCUUACAAUGUUUUAAGGUAUUCCAUAAUUUACAAUGUACUAGUGAACAAAUUAACAACACAGUCAAAAGCAUACUUAAAGAUCUACAAAAAGAAAUACACACAGCAUUGAAUAUACAGAUGGUAUCUAUAGAAGUUAAGAAAUCAGCUUCGGGUCGCGUCGCACCUGGAAAGGCAAAUAUCAUGAAUGCACAAGAUUUUAAAAUAAAACUGUGGGAUAAUAUAGAGAAAUUAUUCACUGGUAAUAUUUAUAGCAGCUGUAUGAAAGUCAUAAUGCUUCAAAAUGUAGUAACUGAAUUACAUGCUAUUGGUAAUUUUAGAAACAUAGCUAGAGACUUUUGGAAUGAACUGUGUCUAGUAUUCAGCACUGAAUUAGACAAAAGUCCUUCCAAUGUGAGCCAGUCUAUUGAGAUAGACUAUGCUAAAUUGUUGAAAUGCUUCAAUGAUUUGUUGUCAAAACUAAAAUACAAAAAUCUAGAAAUGAACCGUUCAUAUUUCACAAAAUGGGAGAAUUCUUUCUUAUCUAAGUCAUUGGCAAAGCUUUUAGAACCUGUUCGAAGUAUGUGGCAUCUCAACCAAGUGCCGAAUAUGGACCAAAUUGAUAAUGCAGUGAGAGUUAUAGCUGAGGCGCUCAGUAUUUCACUUGGAGACAAACAACUAAGUAUUAGCCUUGCAUACAGCGUUGCAAAAAGCAUUAAACAAAUGCAUGUUGAGACAGAGCAACGACUAUCAAUGGACAGCGACGUAGCUCAGAUCAUAGAAGCACCCACUAGUACACAACAAAAGAAUGCCGAUUUAUGCAAUGCCUUGUAUUACUUCUCAUCACAAAUCAACAGAGUUCUCAACAAUAUGAACUCAAUACUUCCACCAGAGAGCAUACAAAUCGUACAAAACAGCUUAAAGGACAUUUCGAGCUUGCCAAUCCUUCAAUUAUUUGCCGAGUCGAUCAAAAACUCUCUCUACAUAAUUCUUAUGACUAUGCACGAUGAACCGGAGUUCAGCCGAAAUGACGACCCAAGCAAUAAAACUAUUUCUUGCUCGCCGUAUAUGAAGGAGCUACAACAAUUCGUGUCACGCUGCAAAGAUAUAUAUCUAUCAAUGUUUCACGAGAAAUCGGCGCUAAAUGAGUGUUGUAUUACAAUAUCAAAGGCUUGCAUUGAACGGUUCACACAUCACGCGUGCAACGUCCGUCCUCUAAGUUUGUAUGGCCGCGCGAAACUACAGGCCGACUGUAAACAAUUGGAAGUAUCUUUAUCCCCAUUGAUAACCGAUAUGAUGGAUUUAGGGGAUCACUAUCGUCAGUUAAAAGCGCUGCAAUUGCUUCUAGAAAAAACGCCACAAGAGGUUGCCAAGAGUCAGUAUGAGGGUGCUUCUUUGCCAUAUUCAUUAGUCAUGAUGUUUUUAUUCUCGCAUGCUGGGGCACAACUAUUGGCGCCCCAUGUAUGCGCGGGGUGGAAUAUACAAAAACUCAUGCAAUGGUUGGAUUCCCACAAAAACGAAAAGGAUCGCCUCGAAUUUGUAGCGGGGGCUUUGCAAAGGUACCAGAACCAUGUUAGACAGAAUCAAAUCACUACAUAUGAUGAAGUGUAUCCCAUUUUACUACAACUUCUCGAUGAUGGUAGGAAAGUUUUAAAGAAAUAAAUUAGUUUUAGUAUACUGUUAUGAUUUAUAAGUGUAAUGUUUAAAAAAAAAUGUUAUAUACAAAAUUAUUUAUUAAUAAAAUUUACUUA